AAAUGAUGUUCCACGAGUUUCUUCAAAGAUAUCUUGAAUCGAGCAAUAUUGUGGUGUUUAAAUGAAUUUCUUGUGAUUUACAAUACUUAGUGGUUUGAUUUUUUUAUCAUAUACUUCAAUGUAAGUACUUACCAAAUGUCCAUGAUAAAUAUUUUGUCAUUUGUAUGUUUCCAGCGCCUAAUAGGGAAUGAAUUGAAGAGUCUCAAAGUUUUAGGAUUUUUACCGGCCUAAAAUUAUACAUAAUAGAUCAAAUUGAUAUAUACUUUCAAUUAAAAACAAAUAUACUUUUUCGUGGCUCACGGAGAUUAUCUGGGUAAUUCACAGGUUCAAUUCAGACCUGGAUAAUCAGUAAACAAAUGUUCUUAUAGUUGAAUCUUACAUAUUAUGUAUUAUAACUUUUAGGUAUUAUUUUUCUAAUAUUUUUAUUCGUAGUUAAAACUAGAAAUGUAUAAUAUAUAUUUAUAACUUAUAUAAUUAUCAAUUAGUGAUUUCACUUACACAAUUUUUUUCUUUCAUUGUUUAGUACAAUAAUAGGUUGAUAAAUAAUUAAGACAUUUUUACUCAUAUAACUAUAUCCAUUAUCACAUAUCAUAUUCGUAUUGUUACCUAGAAAACAGAUUUUAUAUAUCUUAAAAUAAAAAACAAUAGUAAUUUAAAAUUAUUUUUUAUACAGACAUACAGUAUCUAUACCAAACAUGAUCUGUAUUUAUCAAAAGUGCUACUAACCUACAUGCUCCAGUUCAUGCUAUAUGAAUAUCAUUAUUAAGAAAUCACAAACUAUAAUCUCAACAUACUAUUUAAAUUGUUUAAAGUUUAAAUUAAAAAAUAUUAUAUGUAUAAUAUAUGUUAUAUGUAUGUCUGUAUAACACCUAUAUAUUAUACAUUGACUUUUUAUUCCUACUUAACCCUGUAAUAGAAAUAUAAUAUUAAAUAAUAGGUUUAAAAGAAAAACUAGAUACUUUACAACCCAAAUACCACUAAAAUUGAUUAUAAACAAUGCAGGAUGAAUGAUAGUAGUAAUGUGCAUCUAGUCUUCACCCAGCUCUGUGGUUCUUUAUAAAAAAAAAAGGUACCUAAUUAAAAUAGCUUGGUGUAAAAUAAUAAAAUAAAAUUGUUAAUACCCAUUCUAGGUACUAUUGUUAAAACAUUUAACAAAAAUAAUUUCUAGUAAAUAUGCAUUUUAAUAAAAUGAUUAUCAGUAUAGUUGUUAAAAUAGUAAAAUUCUUACUUAUAUAUUUAUUGACCAUUACAUUUACCUAAAUAUAUUUUCAACAGUGUUUAUUAAAAUGGAAGAAGAACAACAGCGUUUACAGAAAGCUGCUAUGGAUGUAAUGGACACUCUUGAUAGACGAUGUUUAAGAACAUUACAAGUAAAUUAUUUAUACUUUCAUUUAAAAUAGGUAGCAUAUUAUUUGUAUUCUUUAAGCAUGUUUAUUUAAUAUACCUAAUGUACCUAAAUUAAAUUAAAUGGUUUAUUAUCAGUAGUACAAUAAUGCAGGUUGAAUACUGUCACAACAAUGAGUAUUUGGUAGGAUCUAGGCAAUUCGGUGAAACAAUUUAUUUAUUUGGAGUAGUAAAAUUAAUACAAAAUAAUAUGUGGCAUAUCUAUAUAAGUAAUACAAGUAAUAGAGUCUAUACUAAUCAAUAAAUGAGAAAAUUGAAAAAUUACCUAGAAAAGUUGUUCAUAGUGAUAAACAUCUUUGUAAAACCAUAAGCUUUUUCAAUUCACUCAGAAUCUAAAACUUUAAUAAAUAUUAAAUUAAAAUUAAAAUUCCCUGUUAAAUAUAACUGACAAGGAUUCUGUAUAUUUAAUAAAAUUUUAAAAAAUAUAUUAGUUUUAAUUUUGUUUUAUUGAUUUACAUGUUCUUGAUGAAUUCUUAUUUUUAUUUUUUAUUUUUUUUUGAUAUUUAUUCUAAUUAGAUAAUUUGCAAUAUUAAUUAUAAUAUUGUAAUUUUACAGAUUCAAAUGCACGAAUGUGCUAUUGAUUGUUGUAAGGACACUACAAAUAACAUUAAAACAUUGGAAACAUGCUCCAACAAUUGCUCAAAAGAACUUGUAGAAGCCCAAAACUAUAUUCAAAAUGAAUUUAACAAGUGGCAGGUAUAUAAAUAAUAUAUUUUAUGUUAUGGUUAAGUUUGGUUAAUAGUUAGUAUAAUAUUUAAAAAUAUUAUUGAAUAGCAUAAUGUAAUAAUAAUAUUAUUAAUUUGUUAAUAUAUAUCAUAUGUAUUUAAUUUAGCAAAGAAUACUACGUUGUGUUCAAGAUUGUAGUGAUGCUGUUACUGAUAAAAUGCCUAGUUCCAGAAAUCAUUCAGAUACAACCGAGGUGUGUAAAGAUGAUAAAAUAUUGAGAUAUCUUGCCUUUUUCCGUUUAAGUUAAUCAUAUACUACUUAUUUUGUGUAUUUAUUUAUGUUUUAUAAAUGGUUGGGCAGUAAUUUUACAAUAGUAAUAAAUAUAUUAAUACUUAAUAAUAAUAAAAUAGAAUAGAUGACAUGCAUAAUAAAAGAAUUAUAGUUUGAUGGUUUCAUAAGAAAAUAAUAAGCACUUGAAUAAUAUAGAUUUUAAUUUAUGUUCAGAAUCUGUAAAAAAAUUAAAGUUACCAAGGUUACAAGAAUACAUAAAUUACUUUUAAAACUUAUGUAUUUCAAUAACAAAAUUCAGUUAAUUCAUAUUAAUUAAAUUGUUAUACAUUUUUAACAGUAUAUAUUAAUUUUUUUUUUAAAUUUGCCUUUGUCCCAACUAUAUAGAAUCACCCACCUUUCUCCUAAACUUUCAUUUUACCAUAGCUCCCACCUCGCCCUUCCAUACACUUAUUAUUAUCUGUCCAUUAUAUACAGGUUUUACUGUAUUAUGAAUGAUGUUAGAAACAAUAAAAAUAAUUGAAUACAUAUAUAUUUUUUUUUUAGAUGAAAUAUAUAAAAGAAGCAGAAGCAUGCGCAUCAAAAUGUUUCAAUAAACACAUUCAAUUACUACCCAAGUUGACUGAUAAAAUUGUGGAUAAUAUAUCCAAUAAAACAGUGCGAUACUAAUUUGAAAAUUUUACACAUUCUCUAGCAAAAAUGAUUAUAAUCUUGAUGUAUAAUUUUAUUUUAUUUUGAAAAAAAGUACAAAUCAUAAAAUAUAUUUGUUG